CCCUCGCCUUCCCCGUCCGCGGGCCAGGUUCGCGCAUGCGCGCGCGGUGGCAGCGGCUGUGGCGGCGGCGGCUAGUUUGCGCGUCGCGCUGGCGGCGGCGGUAUGGGGCUGAGCCGAGUGCGGGCGGUCUUCUUCGACCUGGACAACACGCUCAUCGACACGGCCGGAGCGAGUCGGAAGGGCAUGUUGGAGGUGAUAAAGCUCUUACAAUCAAAAUACCAUUACAAAGAAGAGGCUGAAAUCAUCUGCAACAAAGUUCAAGUUAAACUCAGCAAGGAAUGCUUUCAUCCUUCUAAUACGUGCAUUACUGACCUCAGGACUUCACACUGGGAAGAAGCAAUCCAGGAAACCAAAGGCGGUGCAGCCAAUAGGAAAUUAGCUGAAGAAUGUUAUUUCCUGUGGAAAUCUACACGUUUACAGCACAUGACGCUGGCCGAAGAGGUCAAAGCCAUGCUCACUGAACUUCGAAAGGAGGUCCGCCUUCUCUUAUUGACAAACGGAGAACGACAGACCCAGAGGGAGAAGAUUGAGGCUUGUGCCUGUCAGUCCUAUUUUGACGCUAUUGUUGUGGGUGGAGAGCAGAAGGAGGAGAAACCGGCCCCUUCCAUAUUUUAUUACUCUUGUGACCUCCUUGGGGUACAGCCUGGGGACUGUGUGAUGGUUGGUGACACGCUGGAAACCGAUAUACAAGGAGGCCUCAAUGCAGGGCUGAAGGCAACAGUCUGGAUAAAUAAAAAUGGGGUGGUGCCCCUGAAGUCAUCCCCCACACCCCAUUAUAUCGUUUCUUCUGUGCUAGAGUUACCUGCCCUCUUACACAGCAUAGACUGCAAAGUCAGCGUGUCCACUUAAAGCACAGAAAACAGUAUACUUACGAAUUUUAGGGUCAAAUUACAGGGUUCCAGCUAAGAAAAGAUAAGGCAUUCUCUAUACUGUGACCCAAUUCUAAGGAUAAUUACAGUUGUCAUGUAAUGGCCAACCAACCAUUGACUGGUAUUUAUAUCUGAAAAUCCAGAGUACAGUAAUACAAGUACCUUUUAGUAGUGUCAUCCAGGAAAUUUUGAAGAAGUAUAUUUGUUAAUCUGUGGCUUGAGAUUUAAAAAAAAAAAAUUAUUUUAUUAAUCUGUUAGCAUCUUGGAUCUCUGAAGAUACCAAGGAAGAUGAUUUGUUCAUGGAUGCACAAAUACAGAUUUUAUGUUUUGGCUUAAAAAUAGAUUUUUUUUUUUUUAAAUAGCUAUUUUGAAACAUAUAAUAGAGAUUUAUUAGAGCAGUUGGAUCUGGUUGAUAUGAAGUAAGUACCAAGUUACAUGCCAAUCAAAGCAUUUCAUAGUGAAAUUAUUUUCAUAUUUUUCUGUUUUAAACACAUGCAUCAUAUUUUUGCCUGCUUUGAAUGUAUACUUCUCUUAUGAAUCUAAUUUUUCUGCCUUACCUUUUUGUUGGGGAGGGGAUAGUUUUCCUCUGGUGUGUAUGUGACCAAUAAAUUCUUCCAGUAAAAAAGCUGUUAAACUCAACAUACAGUGCUCCUUUUCUAUAACGUUUUCCCAUCUUUCCAGAGUGAGUGUGUAGAUUCCUGUUAGUCUUCUUUGCCUCUUAGGGAAGUACUUGCACUGUCUUUUCCCAGGAGUACUGCGGGGUUGAGGGGCCGGCCAGUCUUGCUGUGCAGAGUGCAGGCCACGUGGCCCCAGGCUGUUCCUCUGUGAGCACAUCAGAGGGGGUCGCCUUGGUGCGUCCUCAUCGUGCUGUGCCUCCUCUGUUGUCUCCUGACGGAUAGUUUCACCAUAUGGUGAAAACUGACAGAAGAGUAGAUUAUACUCUUAACCAUUUCCAGGGUGCCAUUUUAAUACUUGAAAUUUUGGAAACUCAUUUUUUUCACAAAUUUCUAUACCCAUUUCAGGGUUUGCUUUGAGCUUACUCUUAAGUCCAAAGUGAGGCAUCCUGCAACUUGAAAAACUUCUCAAGACCAGGAGGCUAGAAAGUCUCAUGAUUUCACCAACCAUACCUGGAAUAAAAAGCUUAAUUAAGGAAAUAAGAAAUACUGAUCUGGGUUGUUUUUUGGUGGGGUACCUUUUUUAACUUUUGUAUAGGAAACUACUAAUGUAAAAUGUUCGAUUGUUUGGAUACAUAAAGAAUGGCUCCUUCAGGUAUUCUCCCGAGAACAGGGUUCUCAGCCAUUGUGCAAGUGCCUGUUAUGCAUCCCACUCAUAAUUUUUUAAAAUGUGAUUGUGCCCUUGACUGUGAAGAGCAUUGUUGUGGCUCUGAAACUGAAAGCCUGUGAACAGGGAAUGUUUGUGUAACACUCUUCUAGGUGUGGUGCCCAUGUGACCUCAGUUGCAGUGUAGAUGUUUUAAAUUGUUAAGGUGAAGGCUGUUGAUAGGAAAAUGGUUGUGUGUGUGAUUUCUCAGGGGGGCGAGUGUGGUGCUGAGGGUUUGUCCUUUCAGUUUGCCCAUGAGACAGUCCAGGCACUUGAGUUCAUUAUGCUGCCUGAGAAGGCUCAUUGCUCCCAGGUCCUGGGAUCUCUAGCGGAUCUCAACAGGUGGGCACCUCAGUUGCUAAGUGAGCAGUUCUUCAACAAAAGUGAUCUGGUGGGGAAUGACAUAAUUGCGUUUCUUGUAAUGUGUUAUUACUUUCCAUUUGCACCCAUCCUUAGGGAAGAACUUUGGCUUUCUGCAUUCUGAAUGGAAUGUUACAGAAGAUAUUAAGAAAUCUUGGAAUAGACCCAUUAUUUUCUUAAUUUUUUUGGGAGUUUGUUUUAAAAUAAUUCUUUAUUGUUUUUCAUAGUUCCCCACAUGCCUAGAAAGCCACAGAUUCUCAGUUGUCCAGAGGCUCACCCAAACACUGUCGUUAUGGAGGAAUGCCUCGUAGCCACGAGCGGGCCGUGCCCGUGGAACGCUGACACAAGGCUGGCUGUUUUCUGGUUCCAUUCACACACCCGCCCACUGGCACACACACAUCCUAGAUACAGUAGUGCCCAGGACCCAGUGAGCGUGGUGUUGUAGGAAAGACAGUUUUUUAGUUGCAGAGGUGCUCGCUUUAGCACUGUCAGAUUUCUUUGCAGCCCACAACAGGAAGCAUUCUCUGUCACAAUCCAUUAGACACAUGUAUGGUGAACACUGACUCAAUGUGUGUACAUUAGGCAUAGUUUUACCUGUUUAACAAACAAAGCUACUUCCUUGCUACGCAUGAUGCUCAGGAUUUUUUCAUUCCAUCCUUUUUUAAAUGGGGGAAUGUAUUUUUUUCAUUUUGGAACAAGUCCUAUUUGUGGUGCACAAGUCAAAGAAUGAACGCGUGAAUAGCAAAACGUCCGUCUCAUCUCUUUUCCAGCAGCCCGCCUCCCCUAGAAAGGCCUCUUCUGUCAGCGCUUUGCUGUGUAUCUCGUAUGUAGGUGGGUGUGAGUGUAUAAAUUCCUCUGAUUCAGUCAGCUUUUUAUUUCUGCUUUUUUGAUUUUAGAAAGCAAUGAUCUUGCUAAGAUACUGAUUUAAAAAGUCAUGAAGCUUCUGUAAGUUGUUCCUGUUAGGAGCAUCUGUCUUUGAGCUCAGCCAUCCACUGCCGAUAAAGGCGAUGGUUCUGCUGACUUGCAUGUUGUCCACUUUGAGGUCGGGACAGCUGUGAAGCCCUUCCUCUGCUCCAUCUGCAUGCCCUCUUCUGGGGCAUACCCCAUCUCAGUGAUUCUCUUUACCUCUUAGGUUAGAUGUCGUGUGCCCUGUGUCAUCCCUUUCUUGACUUGUUCCCCCUUUGGUAGCAUGCAUCCUUGAGCAGUUUCCCUGUAAAGAUGAGAUCAACUCUCAAGUGUCUGAAAAUGCUUUUAUUCUCUUCUCCCAGCAUUGCUCGUUUAACAGCAUGUAGCCAGAGGUCACUCAGAGUUUCAAAGGCAUUGCUCUGUGGCCUAGCGGCCACGUUGUUAUGACACUUGUCUUUUUCUCUUCAAGCUCGUAGAACUUUGUUUCCCGCCCCGCAGUGGUCCGUGAAAAUUUCCCUUGUUGUGUUUGCAUUCUCUGUCCUUGGCACUCUUGAACCUUUUCUUUGAAAAGGAACAAAACUUUACGUUCUUUAUGUAACAAAACUUUACGUUCUUCAGUCCUAGAAAAAUGUCCUUACUUAGUUGAUAAGCGCUCUGCUCCUGUGUUUCCCACUCCGUGGACCUCCCACUCUUCAGGACCUCCUCUCCUGACAUUCCACUUUGUUUUCUUUUUUCUCCCAGUUUUCCAUCUCUUAUUUUGUUCUACUUUUUGAAAGAUUUCUUCAGCUUUACCUUUCAGUCUUACUGAUUUUUUUCCUGCCUGCCAUUAUGUAUUUUAAUUUCCAUGUUUUUUUCAGUUUUAAGAAAACGUUCUUAAUAGCAUUUAUUUUUCGUUUGAGUGGAAUAUCAUCCCUAAAAAAAAUUUUUUUUUUUAAUGUUUUUGAAGAAUCCAAGAAUCCACUGUAUCUUCCAUGUUGCUGUCUUCUGUUUAUUUGGGUCUGUUUGUGCACAUUAGAGGCUUUCCUUAAAUGCCCAGUGAACCUCAUGUAUCAUGAGUAAGAGAAAAGGGAUGAAAAUGCUCAGUUGGAAGCUCUGCAUGAACGGAUGGGGCUUGUAUACUCAGAGGUUCCUUUUCUGUAGGGUGCUUUGUAGGCAGUUACUUGAAAAACCCCUGGGGUCAAUGUUUUAAGGUCUUUGCUCUUGGUCUGGUUUACUGGAGAGGAAUCUCUGACUCCUGACUGAGUGGAGGUCUGAUGUGGGCCCCUGGGAGCUGAGUGGGAAGGUAUGUCACACGAGGGGACAGCCAUAUGGUCACUUAAUCUCUGGUUGUUCCUGAGCCCAUUGUGUGUGGUGUCCCUGUCUAGAGACCCUCUGUUUUUAUUCCAGAGAAGCAUCAUGACUUCUGUUGAGUGAGGACCAGGUUGGAGGUGGCAAGGAUCCAGGGAUCUAUUUGUAUCUGCAUGUUUUCUUUACCACUUUUUUUUUUGUUUUUUUUUUUUUGAGGGGGGUGGGGCUGUGCUGUGUGGCUUAUGGGGUCUUAGUUCCCCGACCCAGGGAUCGAACCCUGCAGUGAGCGUGCCAAAGCCUAACUGCUGGACUGCCAGGGAGUUGCCUCCAUUGGUAUUUGGAGCACCUUUUCCCCAUCACCCUUAGCUCAGCUUGCUCUCUUCUGUGAGGACUGAGGUAUCUGGUGGUUUCCGUGCCUGAAUGUUUGAAGGGGUAGCUGUGCACCUUGUGGUUUCUCAGUGUUCCCCAUUGCUGCUCUAGUCUCUGCUUUCUUGCAUCUACUAAAUCCUUUGCCACUUGUCCCCAUGCUUUUUGGCUUCCAUAAUUUUGCCGUCAGUGCCUGUUUUCCUAGUUCGUGUGUGGGUGUUUAAAUUCCUUUAUGAUACAUGGUUUGCAUUGGGUUUGGCGUAGAAGCAGUAUUAGAUGCAUACUCCAUUCUUUGCCUUUAUUGUGGAAGCCUAUCCAGUCGAUGUUCAGUGUAGGUCAGGCCCCACAAAACUAGUCCUGUGCCCCACAGUCACUACCUACAGUUUGAGAAAAGCUGCUCAUUUGAGCUGGAGAUUUACAGCAUGCCUGGAACUUAAAAAAAAUUAUAUAUGCAGCUUAUUUCUUAAGAUCUCUUCCCCAACUUCCUCAUUCUCUGUAUUCUUGUAUACAUUUCUUCUUUGACUUUGAUUGUAAUGGCAGGGCUUGUUAUGAUCCUGUGUUCCUGAAUUUUCAAAGUUGCUUUAUACAUAAGAUAUUUAUUUUGAUAGGCAACUAUGUUCCUAUGAUCACUUCUAAGACUUAAACUCAGAUUUCUUCAUAAUAAAACCCUUCUGAAUAUAAUCCAUUCAAUUUAUACUUUUACAAUGAAGUUUAACAGUUAACAGGGAUUCCCUGGUGGUUCAGUGGUUAGAGCUCGGUGCUCUCACUGCUGGGGCCCAGGUUCGAUCCCUGGUCAGGGCACUAAGAUUCUAGAAGCUGCAUGAUGUGGCCAAAAAGAAAGGUACAGAAAAGUCACAUGACCUUGGUAGGUCAAAACUGUCUAUUUUAAACCACUCUUCACAUAUAUGACAUUGACAAUACAGUUAUUUUCAUGGAUUUCCUGGAAGAUGUCAUGAUAUUUUUUUCCUGGGCAUCAGGCUGAUCAGUGGAUAAGAUCCUCAACCCAAGCUUUUAAUAAUUUCAAAGUUAAAUUUUGUGAUGGUUUAUUUGUUGGUUUAAUAUCACCCAUGUAACACUUGCUGAGUUCCUAAUAAUUAGAGAUAAUCUUUUUGUACAUCUCCUAAGCUUGAAAUGUGUGCUUGAAAACAUAAUAAAGUAAAUAAAAUAAUAAUUGACAAAAUACA